AUGGGUCACGGAGGCAACAAUAUCAUCCCAAAUGUGCACUUCCGCAAGAUCAAUGGCUGCCAGAGCGGGCGCAAGAACCGCGUCUUCAUGCGCACAUGGCUAGAUCAGGCCGGCCGCAAGAAGCGACGCUCCAAUGCCAGGAAGGCAAAGGCGGCGAAGGUGUUUCCACGACCCGCUGCCGGCCUGUUGCGGCCUGUGGUGCAUCCGCCUACACAGCGCUACAACAUGAAGCUUCGUCUGGGCAAGGGCUUCACCCUGGAUGAGCUCAAGGAGGCCAAGAUCCCCAAGAAGUACGCGAAGACCAUCGGCAUUGCCAUCGACCACCGCCGCAGGAAUCGAUGCACGGAGAGCCUCCAGGCCAACGUCGAGCGUCUGAAGCUCUACAUGUCCAAGCUGCUGCUCUUCCCGAAGAAGGCUGGUGCCAAGAAGGUGCGAAAGGGCGACACCCCGCGCUCCGAGCUUCAGAACGUGGCGCAGAACACUCUCAAGGAAAUCAUCCCUGUGCCGAAGCCGGAGAAGCGCACUCGCGCGCGUGCCAUCACCGCCGAGGAGAAGGAGGCGUCCGCCUACAAGCAGCUGAAGAAGGCCCGCACCAACAAGCACUACCUCGGCGAGCGCAUGAAGAAGGCCAAGGACGCCGCCGCCAAGGAGACAUGA